AUGAAUAAUUCAUUAAUAAGAUCAGAAUCUCCUUCAUUCUAAAAAAUUUAAGAUCUUGCAGAUAGAUGGAAGUUAAUUAGAACAGGAAUUGAUAAGGGUAGAUUUGAAAAAAAAGAAAUUAUUGAUACUUCAAUUUUAAAAAUAGACAAUUUAUUAAAUUAUGAUAAGAUAAACGAUGAUGAAAAAUUCAAAGUAAGUUCCAUUCUUUAUUUUAGACAAUUAAAGAAUAAUUAUAUAAAUUGACUGAAUAGAUUAAUGAUGAGAAAUUUGGAAAAGAAUAUUAUGUUAGAUAUUAAGAACAGUUGCUGCUUUUCGAAGAAUAAAUAAAUAAAUAAAUGGACGAAGAAAAAAAUGUAUAUACUUUCGGCUAAUUUUAGAGUAAACGAAGGGUCGAGAUCUAAUUAUUGAAAUAAAUAGAAGAUAGAUUUGAAACAGUUUAAGGGAUGCUUGAAAAGAAUAAUUCUGUUUAUUAGGAUAAAUUAAAUAGAUAAAUUGGAGAUAUUGGUAAUUAAUUAAGAGAUUUAAGAUUCACCAUAGAAAAUGAAUAAUAAAAUAGGUUUGAUAUAGAAUUUAUUAAAGAUCUGAAUCUUAAACUCAUUUAAUUGAACAAAUGGACUUAGAACUCAAUAAAUUUUAAGAAAUGCUGAAGGUAGAAAAAACAGUUAGAGAAGAAACAGAAAAUAAAAUAUUUUCUAUGAUUGAAGAAGUACAUUAAAAAAUUUAAAGUGAAAUCAUUGAUGAAAGAAUUUUUAAAGAAAAAUCAUAAGAAAGCAUUCUAAGAUUAUUAGAAUCAACAUGCAUGAAAAUUGAUGAAAGUUUUAAUUUUUGA